CGACCAUUCAAAGGAAAGACAAACGUAAACCUUACACAAGCCAUACUUCAUGAACCUCUACAUUUUCCCGAGGAUGUCCAUAAGAUGGUUUCAGAUGAUUGUAUUGACUGUCUGAAAAGAUUUUGUGAACGAGAUAUAUCCAAACGUCUUGGUUGCGGCCCUGAUGGCUUGGAAGAAAUCAAGCGCCAUCCAUGGUUCGCUGGAAUAGAAUGGGAUAUGUUACUCAUUAAAGAAACUACUCCACCAUUCGUACCUGAUUCCAAACAGGCAAACUUUGACGCGACCCACGAAUUAGAAGAACUACUACUCGAAGAUAACCCCCUAAAAGCAAAAAAACGUGCCAAUCCAAACCAGGACCUUUCAGAGCUAUCGAAAGAAAUGCGCAUGAUGGAAGAGAAAUUUGUGGUAUACGACUAUACCAAAAUGGCACGUAGGA